GUUGCUGUUGAAGUUGGUGCAGAUGACACGUCAGCUGGCUAGAAAGCAGCUACAAACUGCCCCACCUGCUAGAAUACGAAUGACAUAAAUCAGUGUGCUGCAUUUAAACACACCUUCCAUAUUGUCAAUCGAUUACAGGCGCGCGGAUUUACAGAGUCACGCAUGUCGGCACUGUAGCAUCAUGCAUCCUGAGAUUAAGAGUUAGAGCCUCAUUCAAUCCGGACCCAGUCGAACCAACCCAGGCAAGAUGAGUUACCGCGGGUGAAAAAUUUUACCGGACCGGUGUUUGACAUGUCGUCCCCAUCGCCUGUGCAGAUCAGAGAGGCGAACGCGCAUCUGGCUGCGCUGCACAGGCGGGUCACAGACAUGGAGCAGAGGCUGCAGGACGCGGAGAAGACCGUGCGGGAGCAGGCGGAGAGUCUCAUCCGCAAAGAUGAGCAACUGAGAGCCUCCACGCAAGAAAUCACAGAGGCCAAAGACAAAGAGAUUUCCUUUCUCCAUGAGAAGCUUUGUCAAUCAGAGGAAUCAAUCCAUAAACUAAACCAAACCAUUAAGGAAAAAGAUUCCCUAAUCGGACAGUUGCAACAUCGAUGUCAGCUGCUGGACAACAUCUGCAAAAGCCGCCCAUUAUUGGACAGCAUGCUGACUCAGAUGGCUGAAGCAGAGAGAAUGGGGCCCAUCAGUGACUUGGGGAAUCCCACAGCAAACAUCUCCCUCACGGAUGGAGAGUCCAACUGCAGCCCCAGCCACCUCUCCAAUCACAAAGAAUUUUCUCUCAGUGAGGAUGACUCCGAUGAUCAGGAAUUAGAUGGGGUUGUGUUUGGGACCACAGUUUGAAAGUCACAACUGAACUGGUCCUUGUCUCAGGUGUAGUGGCCUGCAUUUUUUUUAUGGUUACAACUAAUUCAGUGUCUCGAGACACCAUUUGGUAAUAUAUCCAUUUUAGAGUAAUACAAGUUACAGAAGUGUGGAUCUGAAUGGAACUUUAGUGUGCAAAGAGAAUGCCUAUACAUUGCACCUCACACAGUGUUUUUAUUUGAAUUAUUAUUAUUAUUUUACUUUAAAUUACCAGUUUACAGAUCUGUAAUUUCAGCCUAAAUAGUUUUUAUUUUAUUUUUUUCUAGUUAACUUGAUAUACCUCCUUUUUUAAGUUUUUAAAACUAGCAUAUUUUGCUGUUUUUUUAAUUAUAACUUACAGAUGUCAGAAAAAAAGUUUUUGCAAUUUAUUGUUACAUGCAGUCUGCAGUGGUACAGUGUGAUACAGUGGAAGUUUAAUGUUUGAGACAUUAAACUAUUGUAAUAAUGGAAAAACCAUUUGUAAACAAUAGCUGUUUUGGACAAUGCUCCCUGUUUGGAUCAAUUCAAUGUCAUGUACUUUUCAAUUUUUGACCAUUUAUUUAGCUGGUUUGUUUGAGCUUUGUGAUACCUAAUGACCAAUUUUAAGUCAUUGAUGUAACAAAUCACAGCUUACAAUUUAUGCAUGUUGGUUAAACUCUGAUAUUCUAUCAUGUGUGUGAUUGUUGACUCAUCUACUCUUCUGGUCAUAGAGCUGGUUAUAAUUGCAUCAAGUGUCACCUGUUGCACGCACGCCAUUUAUUAUUAUUAUGCUUUGGCAACUGAGCAGCUAGACAUUGUUUAACAUGAUAAGACACAUCUGACAAUUGUAAAAAAGUACAAUGCAUACAGUACUGUAAAAAUGUUUUAGGCAAUGUUGCAUAGUGAGGAUGUCUUCAAAAAUAAUGACAUAAAUAGUUUUCAUUUAUCACUUAAUGUCAUACAAAGUCCAGUACACUUAAAAAAGCUAAAUCAAUAUUCGGUGUGACCACCUUUGCUUUUGAAACGGUACCAAUUCUCCUAUGUACACCUGGACGCAGUUUUUAUUGGUUGUUGGCAGAUAAGAUGUUCCAAGCUUCUUGGAGAAUUCACCACAGUUCUUCUAUUUCGGAUGUCUCAAUUGCUGCUUUCUCUUUAUGCAAUCUCAGACUCAAUAUUCAGUGGGGGGCUUUGUGGGGACCAUGACAUCUGUUGCAGGGCUCCCUGUUCUUCUAUUCUAAUCUUUUCUAUUUGCGAAAGUAAUGUUUCAGAGUCUAAUAUAUUACCUAUUGACCCACUAAAGCUGAAGAUAUAAAUAACCAUCUUAAGACAAAUGCUUUUGUGAAACAUCUUAUGUGCCUAAGACUUUUGCACAGUACUGUAUGUUUGUCCUGUUGCCUUAUUGGACAUGUGUGGAAAACUAAGAAAAAUAUUUUUCUCCCUUGUAGUUAUAUCAUAUUUAAUGAUCUGGGGAAAACAUAACAUGGCUGAAUCAUCAGAGCAGUCCAUGAAAUAAGAGUUCUUGAGAUGUCCUACCACCACUGUGAGCAAGCCCAUGAGCAAUGACCUCCUGACUUCUGAAGUAUGACAUUUCAGUAGUGGUGUAAACUAUAAUUUAAGGUGCAUUGCAUAUAAUUAAGUGAUCUAUGCAGUGAAGUGGUUCUCUGAAAACCCUCUUAAUAAAACAGUUAUCGCUAAAAAUAGUGCUCCAACAGAUAAACCGGUAGCAAUUUGCAGCAAACCUUAAGCUACUGCUAACAAAAUUACAGGUCCAGGGUUGAGAAAAGAGUCUAAAAACUUUUGCUUUCAUUUUUAUUUUGGUCAAUAGCGAUGUAGCUGUUUGUGUACAGGGAAUGGAGAAUAAACCAUGUUAUGUAGGUGUAUAAAAACGGUCAUUGCUUUUGCUAUCAGUUCAAUUUUACUUAUGGUAAUGUGAUGCUAAUACAGUACAUAAAGAUAUGAAUCUCUCAAAGUUCAUUUGAUUUGUUGUUGUAUAAUUUGGCUUAGCAAAAAUUUCUAUGCAAUCUGUUGUAUUUUGCCAUAUUUAUUCAAUUGAGUUAAACUCUGAUAAUUGUGUAGGGAGCCAUAAUAUAUUGAAUGACUAGGAUUGUACUGAUAAUGGGCAUUUUUUAUGCGAGUUUUCAUGUAAAGAGUGCCAUUUAUCCUGUUGGUGUGAUGGUUACACAAUUUUCAUGUUACUUUUUACUGUUAAAUGUUGUACUGCAUAUCAGCAUGGUACUAGCAUAUUGGGGCAUGUCAUAUCUGUCUUGCUAAUGCACUGUGAAGUGAGUAUGGUCAUUUUUUUCUUUACAGAUAAAAGUAAAACAGUGCCUAAAAUACUAAUGGUUAUUUGGUCAAUGAAAUUAUUUAUUCUGAAAGAUUCUAAUAAAAUAUUUUGUUAUUCA